GAGUGCAGUACAUUCUACGUCUGACAGUGCAUGAUCAGGAGUAUAUGCCUGGUCACAGGAGAUAGCUCGUCUUGUAACAACGGGAACUAAUAGUUUCAGCACUUCUAAUGCAACCUUUACAAAUAGGGUUUCGGACCAAUCGUGGAAGAAAAGAGAGGACGCAACAAGCUGGUUCUGGACUCUUCUCGGAUAUCCCAUGCUAAGUUCUGAAUCGUUGUUGUCCGGGGGGAAGAAAGAGGGGCCUGGGUGCAGUCGUCUGCUGAACUAACGUUACGAUUAGCUGCUUGGCUAGCUUCCUUACAUGUUUUCAGAUAACUGAGUUGCCAGCGUUUCUGUACGUGUUAACGUUAUAUAAGUAUUAUCCGGAGACCGCAAUACUGUUAUCACAUCAGACAUGAAUGUUGUGUCAAUGUAUGGUAGAUGUUGCUCCUAAAUUGGUUUGGCAGUUGACAGGUAACGUUUCUAUCGUUAGCUGGCUAAAUAGCCAGCCAUAGCUAGCUGGCUGCAUUAGCUACCGAUCCAUAUUGGGGUUUACCUAUUUGAAAGCGCAUGCUAACUGUCUGGCAAGGAAAACAGAUUUCUUUCUUUAGUGUCCGUUCUUGUUAACUUACAUGUUUGUUCUUCCCAUAGAACAACAGACAGCUAGUCAACACAUCGUCGCUACCUUGAUUCCUGUGCUAUUUGAACGCCUGUGCAUUAAUUAUUGGCGAAAGUCAAAUGUAUACUCUUUGUUAAUUGUUGACAGAUUAGCAAAUGCUAGCUAACCUAACUAGCUAACAAUGAAGCCUCAGAUCAUUCUAGUUAGCAAGCUAAAGUUAGCUGGCUAGUAGACGCAGAAGAAGCAAGUUGAUAUUUCGAGUUGUUUUGCCAUUGUCAUAUUUAAGUUUUCUUUUGAAACGUACAUCGUUUGUCUCCACUAAAUGGCCUUGACAUAGGGACAACUCUGAAAAACGACAUUUGGCUACUAACGCCUGAAAAAAUGGCCAGUUUCUGUGUAAACAAGUUAGAUAGCAAGGUAAUGUUAGCUGGCUAGCUUACUUGGUGCGAUAUCCGCUGUUUGUAUUAACUAUUGCAUACUUGGUGUGAUCAUAGUGCCGUUUUGAUAAGUUAUUUUAACAUCGUUUGCCUUUGCAAAUAGUUUUAAACCAUUAAAAGACAGCGGCACAUCAGAUACUGCUAGAUAAUUGUCAGCUGGCUCAAACAACAUCGAGAGAACUGGGACCUUGGAGUCAUUUGAAGCCACCUGCCAGCCAGCUUAUUUUGUCUGGAAAGGUUCAUGACGUAGAUUGGAAGACAGAAGACCCCAAGGGCAUCCUUGGCAUCACUUGGGACACACCGUACCCCGUUUCUGUUGCCACCUACUUGAGCUCAGAUGUGAGGCAGAAUGGGGACCCAGGGAAGCCCUGUGAAGAGUUACGACUAUCUGCUCAAGUUCCUCCUGGUGGGGGACAGCGACGUGGGCAAAGGAGAGAUUUUGGAUAGUCUUCAAGAUGGCUCUGCGGAGUCUCCAUACGCAUACAGUAGUGGAAUCGACUACAAGACCACCACCAUUCUGUUGGAUGGCAGGAGAGUGAAACUUGAGCUCUGGGACACCUCCGGGCAAGGUCGUUUCUGCACUAUCUUCAGGUCCUACUCCCGAGGGGCACAGGGGAUCCUGCUGGUGUAUGACAUCACCAAUCGCUGGUCGUUUGACGGCAUUGACCGCUGGAUCAGAGAGAUUGACGAGCAUGCUCCGGGGGUCCCCCGCAUCCUGGUGGGGAACCGGCUGCAUCUGGCCUUCAAGCGGCAGGUGCCCACGGAGCAGGCGCGCGCCUACGCUGAGAAGAACGGCAUGACCUUCUUUGAAGUGAGCCCGCUCUGCAACUUCAACGUCAUCGAGUCCUUCACUGAGCUCUCACGCAUCGUCCUCAUGAGGCACGGCAUGGAGAAGUUCUGGAGACCCAACCGAGUGUUCAGCCUACAGGACCUCUGUUGCCGGGCGAUCGUCUCCUGCACGCCGGUGCACCUGAUCGACAAGCUGCCGCUGCCCGUGGCCAUCAAGAGCCACCUCAAGUCCUUCUCCAUGGCCAACGGCAUGAACGCCGUCAUGAUGCACGGACGCUCCUACUCGCUAGCCAAUGCCGCCGGCGCCUCCAAGGGCAACAGCCUGAAGCGGACCAAGUCCAUUCGACCGCCACAGAGUCCUCCGCAGAACUGCACGCGCAACAACUGCAAAAUCUCCUAGCCAGUGACUACCUUCACACACACACACACACACACACAUAUACACAAACACACACACUUAACUCAGCUAGCACACCUGUCUGCCUGAAUGACCAACCGACCGACUUACAAUGGCUCCUGAUUCCUCUAACUCAUAUACACACACACACACACACACACACGUGCACACGCAAACUCACUCUAUCCCCAAAUCUCCUAGACUCCAUGUCCAAGGGAGAUGAUUGUGACCGUGUUCUGGACAUCUGGACAUGAAUACACAACAUCAGUCCAUCCGCUCGCUGAUGCUGAUGCUGGUGCUGGUGCCAGCGGUCGGCUGAUUGUCCAGACUGGUCCAGGUGGACGGGGUGUUUCUGGUGAGAACUCUGAUGUGUGCCGUGGGUUUCUCUUGCACUUGCCUUCCGUCAGGUCUCGUGAAGGUGAAGGAUUCUUCAGAUGAGCAGUAAUAAGAUGGCCAUGAGGUAUCUCUUGCCUGACCGAUACUUUUUGAAGUUUUUUUUUUCCUCAUCUUUUUCUCUCUAUUUCCCUGUUCUCUACUGCUCAUUAGAAGAGGAGUUUGUUUCUGAGAUUUUACAAAUCAUACACCUGGUCCUGAUGCUGGCAAUGAGUCGUGCCCACAAUGACAAGCUCUUCAAACGCGACCCCCUUUACUGCCAUUUAACCCUCAUGGCCUUGGAGGAUGUGUGUGUGUGUGUGUGUGUGUGUGUGUGUGUGUGUGUGUGUGUGUGUGUGUGUGUGUGUGUGUGUGUGUGUGUGUGUGUGUGUGUGUGUGUGUGUGUGUGUGUGUGUGUGUGUGUGUGUGUGUGUGUGUGUGUGUGUGUGUGAGGGAGAGAUCGAGAUCCACAGAAGCCUGAAUGGGAAGAAAAUGAGUUAUGGCCAUUGCAUCUUGCAUGCUCAAAAUUAUACCAGUUAUGUUUAUUUAAAAAAAAUAUAUUCAGUGGUCAUCCAGAAUAAAUUAGUGCUACAAUGUGUAUACAUUAUGUACAUGAAUUUGCACUGUGCAAGGAAAUUAAUUAGAUAUAUUUUAUUUUUAUUUCUUUUUUUUAAAUAGCUUGACACUGCAAAUGGUGAUUUGCACACACUAUGAACUCUUUGACAGUGUCUCUAUUUUUACCCUUGCAAACCUGAAUUUGUGGGGACAUUUUGCGUCUGCCCAGUUUUUAAGAUGAUGGAUGUUUGUUGGCUUGCAGGGAGCUCCACUCAGCAAUUUCCCGUCUGAAGGUGGCCAGAGAGCUGGUGGGGUGGGGGGCACUAGACUAGGACAGGUGGUGGGUGGAUCGCUCGUGUUCUCUCCCAUCCUUCCUGGAAAGACGGCAGGCUGCAGCGAGGCCUGCUUGCUCGCUCCGCCACUGGAGGACGGAGGGUGGGCACUGCUGUGAUGAGUUGUUGAGACCUCUUUUACUCUUUGGAUCACAUCUGCAUUCCUCAGGGGGACAGUUUAGGCAGAGAUGCGUUUGUCUGGUCUUAGUGUUUUUUUUUUCAUUUUUUUUUUUCAACCCUUCUGUUUCCAUGUCUCUCCAUCUGUUGUCAUGGUUAAAUCUGGUGCACUAAGAGUGCACUUCGUGGAUUUGGAAUAUUUUGCCUCAUAUCUUCCACCAAUCCCCUUUCCUCUGAUUCCCAGAAUGUACCAGUUUGUUUUUAUCCAGCAAAAGUACUUUUUUUAAAUAAGCCCAGGGCCAUUCUUUCCUGUCAGUGUUUUGUUGCAUCCUCUCCCGGCUCAACCCUGGCUUGCUCUGCUUGUGCCAAACCCUUCCCCAGCCACACAUGAAAAGAAGCUCCUGCAAUUUGUGUUCCUUUCCACGGGCCUCUCAUACUGGAAUCAGCCCUCUAAAGUCGGCUGGCCUACUUCCCCAACUCAUCUAUGCUGCGGAGAGUUAAACGAGUAUUCCCCACCCCUCCUAAGUCCUCCCUGCCCAAAUGGACCCUAUUUUCCAGAUGCGAUUUUCCAUACCCAAAUGAAUUCAGUGUUACAUAGCGUGUGUGUUUUUUCAAAAGCACUUGAGGUAGUCAGAUAGGACUAGGAUAGGACCUCUGGUUGCACAUAGAACAAUGCAUGGUGUCUGGGUGGCUGUGAUGUCGAAUGUGCCAAAGUGGGGAAAACUGGUUGGACAUAAAUCUAUACGCACACAUCCUUGACAUAAAUAGAACCACAUAUAUAGGAAAGUGGUAAGAAUGCCCCCCCAUUCCUAAUAAAGCACAAAAUGCUGUUAAUGCCUAUGAAGUUUUUUUUUCCUUUUCUUUGGAUAACCAGCAGAUAAAGGAGAGACUAAUGUAGUCUUACGUAGGAUGUAAUUUUCUGGUUCUUUCACAUCUCAGUCGCUGGGAGAAGUAUGGCACUGGAGAAGUGAAAGCCAUGUUCUUGCGCUCCGUCGUCAUUUUCACAGCACUUCUCCCUCCCUCCCUCCCUCCCUCCCUCCCUCCGCUGUGUGGUGUGCUCUCUGGCUCAGCGGAGCAUCUCCUCGGGGUAUGAUGAUUCAUGGCGGAUGAAUAAUAGAUGCUCUUUUCACGUCUCCGGAGGUUUCCUUCAUCAAUCAGCCGGCCCUGCUCCCCAGCGCCUCACCUCCCCAUCCCUCUCCUCUCCUCUCCUCUCAAACUCCUGUCUUUUUCCCCUCCUUUCUCUCCUUUUUUUUGUGGAAGAUUAAAGCUGUUGCUCCCUCCUCCCCUCCCUCUAUCUCAGGGAUCAGACCCAGCCUGCAGUCCAAGGCCCACCAGAUGAAGCCUCCCACCCCUGAGGCUGAAUGGUGGAAGGCCUUGGGCAGUGUGUAGUUCUUAGCUCUCCCACCUUCUACCCACCCAUAACAGUACUCAGCGUUACCCUCCACAGCUUGCUAUGAGAGAAAGCAGUGAGUGCACAGGGCUGUUUUUGUUGUUUUUUUUUCCCGAAGGGUUCCAACUGGGGCAGUAUCUCUAGUGUGGUGGUAGGGUUGACCAGCGUCGCACCACAGACAAGGUCUGUGCGAUGCAUGCUGAUGCUAUACGAGGCCUUUUGUGUCCUUAUUUAAGUAGUAAACAUAAGCAAACAAAAAACCUGAGUCUUCGAUAGGAAUGGUUUUUGAAGUACAGUGUCAUUUUUUGGUCCCUCCUUUUACCCAGGUAUCUGAACAGCUGAAUGGUUAGAUAUUAGUUUGUAGUCAGAGGGAAGGGGAGAGAUGUUUGUAUUUUUCUGUGGCGCACAUCAUAAGGGUGCAGCAAAACUAUGUGACUUAGCUAGAGAAAAGAGCGUUUCGACUACGUAUUUUUUAAUUUUGUAUUAUUGUGUUUUUUAAUGACGCCUCAAAUGUUGAUCCAGUUAUAUAUAUUCAGACUUUUUGUUUUCUUGUUAAAAUAUUUUCGGGGUGGAUGUGAAUGAAUUUUGAAAGGAAUGUUUUCAGAGGAUAGUGCGGAAGACCAAGCGAUCUCUGAUUUUUUUCCCUCUGUUGGGUUGGAUAAAGGGAAGUGUUAUUGACAUUAUGAAAAUACAAUUGUAAACACUAGUUUUCCUUUGGUUUAAGCUGCUGUGUAACUUCAAUGAAAAAUGAUCAAGUGUUCUUGGAAAACAGCGAACAUUUGUUUUUAAAUUAUUGAUUGUACAGUUCCUAGUGUAUGAAAAACAAUGACUUUUUCACAAUAAAACUGUUAACAUUCA